CCAAGGUGGAAUGCAAAUUUAUUCGGGUUGAGACGCAAACACAAACUUAUUUCAGCUUCUCGAUUCAACAUCCGCUCCGGCAGACAGGUGAACGUGAAAGCAUAAAAUUUUCAUUUAUUUCUCUCCAUUUUAUUCAACUCUUAGAUUGUUUAAUCUUGGGGAAGAGAUAAAUGUCAAAGCUUUUUUCAAGACUAGCCGGGUUUUUCACCGGCCGUACUUUUGUUGGUGUGGACAAAGCAGGGAACCGCUACUUCACCAGAACUGAAGAGCUUGAUGGAAUCAUGAAAGAGAAAAGAUGGGUGGUGUUUAAAGGAGAACAAGAUCCAACCUCAAUUCCAGUUGAAUGGAUAUGUUGGCUGAAUGGACAGCGGAAAAGGGCUCCUGCUCAAGAGGAAAUAGCUGAGCUGGAAGCAAGGCGUGAACGUGUAAAGCUUAAUGUUGCCCUUCUCAAGAAAGAAGAAGAGGAAAAGAGAGCCAGGGAGGGCAGUAUUCCCAAAGGCAAAAGCACUGGUAAAGUUGGAGGUCCAGACUUGAAAAGUUUCAUCAACCAAUUUCCAACUGCCUUAGAAGGUGAAGGACUUAAAGGAGCUACAGCAAAGCAUGGUGUAAGGACCAAAGAAGCUGAAGCAGAAGCAGAAAAAGAAAGACCUGUUUCAGAGUCUUCGGAACCAACAGGAUCAGGUGCAUCCUUUAGACCAGGGACAUGGCAACCGCCAACACGAUGAUUCCCACAUGAUCGUAUAAGAGGUUCCAUUAAAGUUAUUAUUUCCAGUCCCUGCCUAGACUCUUCAAAUUUUCUUCCAAUCAUCAUAACCAGAUUCAAUUUUGUUGAUGAAAUACAUCAUUGAUCAAUGAGGAUUUUGUUGCAGCGCCUGAAAAACACAUUCUUUUUCUCAUAAAUGUUGUUUGAUCUUUACCUCUUAAAGGGGAAAAUUUUUCAAACUGUCUCUAGAAAUUUUCUCUAGGUUACUCUACUACACAUGUAUGCAAAGUCAUACAUAAGAAUCCUGUUAGCUAUUUAUAAAUUUGAGCAUUAUAUGGGUUGGAAUAUUGUGAGAGCAGUUUAGAGUUGAAGAAUUUUCAUGGUUAAGAUACA